CUGUUUUCUGAGGAGAUCAUACAUACAACACCCUUGCCGAAUCAACAACAUUACGAACUGAUCCUAUAUUCAUGUUGCCAUAGCCAAAAUGAAUGUGUGCAAGCCCAAGGAAGUGGGUCCCGAUGGACUUUUUGUCCGGAAGCGCUUUACGCGGCAUCCGGUGGUGAUCUCGGCCAAGCGGUUUGCAGCCAUAAAGGGACGUUCUCGCCAGGAUGAGAAGCAUGCCCAAAUGGAGGCCGUCGAGGAGGAACGCAGGUAUCGGCAGUACCUGAAGGACGGCAACGAGCUUCUUUGCAGCCUGUUCACAGAUCCCAAUGCUCCGAAGGUCAAGAAAUCAGCUAGGGCGCAGAGCAAGGAAGCCAUGGCAGUGGUAAAGGAUGUGGACACAAAGUUGGCGGACGAGCGGCUGCGCAAGCAAAGGAUCUUGCGAGCCAAUCGUCUACUGGAUCAACUGAAGCCCGGACCCCGCGCUCUGCACCAGGCGCUCAUUUACAGCGAAAUGAUUCAUCAGAGGAAGUACAAUGAGGCCCUUAACGAGGAGAUAGCGGAGGCAGCCCGUGCCCAGGAAAGGGCCGAUGAGGAGAUGUGUCCUGCGGCCCUGGUGCCCUUCGGCCACGCCACCGAGGAGGAGGAGGUGGCCAGGCAGACCGCGAAGAAUAUGGAACAUGCCGAGCUCAUGCGGGCGGACAUCGCGCAGCGGGCAAGGAUCAGGGAGGCCGAGCGGGAGCAACGGGUCUUCGAGGAGCAGGUGGAUCGGGCUCAGUACAAGUGUCUGCAGGACAAGGAGGAGAAGGCGCUCAAAGAGAAGAAGGCCCGGAAAAUCGCCUUCAAUCGAAAGGCCUACAAGGAGGCCCUCCAAGAGAAGGCGGAGAUUGCAGAACACGAGCGGAUUUGCGACGCCAUUGACGACCGGCGCAACUGUGUUUACAUCGUGGCUAGUCGCAAUCUGGACAGUCGCUAUGGAAGCCACGUGAAGCAGCUGCGGCAGAAGCGUCAGGAGGAGAGGGAGCUACAGGCACUCCGUGUCUCCCAGGCGCAGCAAGUGCUUCAAAAGAAGCUGGAAGAGCGCCAGAUUGACGCGGAGGACCGCCAUGCCUUUGAGACGCAGGUGGACGACAGCCGGCGUCAGUGCGAAAGGGAGAUGCUGGCCAAGGAGCGCCGUGCGUAUCAGAAAUUGGAGCGGAAGCAGGACGCCGAGAAGCUCCGCCGCCAGCAGGAGCUGCAGCGCUUCCAUGUGGCGCGCCGCCUUAAGAACGCCGAGGCGAAUCGCUUCUUCGAUGCCUCUCAGAAGCGAAAGAGGGACAAGGUAAAGGAGGAGCUGCGCAACGUUCUCUUUGGCCAGCGGGAAGAGUUCCUCGAGAAGCGGCGCGCCGAGCUAAUGAACCUGGCCGCCUGCAAUGAGGAUCCAUACCUGGAGGAUGACAAGAAGUUCUUUGAGCAGGCGGUCGAGAUCAUGGAGGAGUCGAGAAAGGUGGGGCGACCUCUCUAUCCCAUUGCCACCGCCGUAGAUCGCUACGAGCGGCAGAACCAGCUGGACAUGCGACCAGAGGGCAGGAUGGUGAAGAGAAGCAGUCUAAGGGACUACUGCUGGCCAGGAUUCUUUUCCAAGGCGGAACUGGCGUACCGCAAGUACGAGCAGCGGGAGAAGUGCCGCGAGGAGCAGGUGGCCGAUCGCCACCAGAUUUACUGCAACUCGGUGAAGAUCAAGAAGCUGGCCGAGGUGGAGAAGCCAUACAUUCCCUGUGUCGCCUCCUGUCCCAUCAAUUGCUUUCACCGAAGGGGAAUGCCCGACACGGACAGCAAAGAGUCCUUUGACUAUGGCCGUCAUGUUUGCUAUACGGAUACUCCUACGGUCGCCGCUUGUCCCGGUCCCAUGCAGGUGAUCCACAAUGACCCGCUGGAUAACCAGAGGAAAAUCAGCCAGCUUUCCAUGAAGCUGCCGCCCAUGCCGGACUUGACCAAAAGUGUACAGCCCAAUUUCCGAAGUGUUGUGGGCAAGGCUUUGACUACCCUCAACAAACCAGACUUGGCUCCCAAUUCCAGGGAAUCAGGUUCCAGCCUGAAAGGUCCUCCUCCGCUUACUAGUCCACCCAUCAGCACAUCCAAGCCCACUGCACCGGAACCAAAACUUGCCGAGGCCAAAGAUGUGCCCCUUCCCAAAUCCCAGCCUCCAGUGAGAAGUAAGAUGAAGAGGAACUCCAAAAGAGCUGGUUCCGCGGUGGCAACUCCUCCAACUGGUAACGAUAGGCCAGCACCCGUGCCCAAUCCCACUGGAACCUGGGGAUCCGGAUCCCUACAGCCAGAUUCAAAGAAAAAAGCCAAGUAACCAGGAAUCAUCGCAUCCACUUUAACAAAAUUUACGUUUCUCGGUCUUAUUGUAUUAAUGUUUUCCGUUGGCAAAGAUAAAUAUAGAAAAAAGGAUGCUCGGCCAUCAUCGAAUGGAGCCAGACAGCUG